AUGACUACAUCACAGCCGCAGCAACAGCGUCAAAAAGGGCUUCCAGAUGUUCAACGAAUCAUCACAGACCACGACAGCGACGGGAAAGCUGUUGUGUCAACGGACAUUCCUAGCCAAGCGGUUUGGCAACCCAUUGGUCCAGCAGCUGACUUCUUUCUCGGAUACACCACUCGAACAUUCCCUGUGGUUUUCAAAGAUGCACAGGAUUCAGGAAUCGCCCCUCUGCCGCAAGAUAUCAAGACGUACAAGGAAGAUAUGGUCACGCCGCCUGGUCUGACUAUUAGUACUGGUACGGUGCUGAGAUACGUCGACAUGGCACCAAAUGCUCUAUCUCCAAUGCACCGAACAGUAUCUUUGGACUACGGCAUUGUUCUUGAAGGAGAAAUUGAACUGGUUCUGGAUAGUGGAGAAACCCGCCUGAUGAAGAGGGGAGAUGUCUGUAUCCAGAGAGCUACAAAUCACGCUUGGAGAAAUGUAACCGCAAAUGGGGGUUGGGCAAGAAUGGUGUAUGUACUAAUAGGAGCUGAAAAGGUUGAUGUUGGGGGUAAAUCGUUCGAAGAAGACUUGGGUGAUAUGCCUGGUGUAAGGGCUAGUGAUUAA